AUCUUUGCUAAUUAUAUUGCAAGGGACACCCGUCGUCUAGGAGCCACAAUUGAUGUGGAACAUUCUCAUGUCAGAUUUUUAGGAAACUUGGUCCUAAACCUUUGGGACUGUGGUGGUCAGGAAGCAUUCAUGGAAAAUUAUUUUGCCAGUCAACGGGACAAUAUUUUCCGCAACGUAGAGGUCCUCAUCUAUAUUUUUGAUGUUGAAAGUAGAGAAAUUGACAAAGAUAUGCAUUACUACCAGAGUUGUUUGGAAGCCAUUUUGCAGAAUUCACCUGAAGCAAAAAUUUUCUGCUUGGUUCACAAAAUGGAUCUGGUUCAAGAAGAUCAGAGAGAUUUGAUAUUUCGAGAGAGAGAGGAAGAUCUGAAAAGAUUGUCAAAACCAUUAGAGUGUACAUGUUUUCGAACUUCAAUCUGGGAUGAAACAUUAUACAGGGCCUGGUCUUCUAUUGUAUAUAAACUUAUUCCAAAUGUGAAGGAAUUGGAGCAAAGCCUGAAUCAGUUUGCUAACAUCAUUGAUGCAGAUGAAGUAUUGUUAUUUGAACGAGCAACAUUUCUAGUUAUUUCCCAUUGUCAGCGACGUCCACACAGAGAUGUACAUAGGUUUGAGAAGGUGUCUAACAUCAUUAAACAAUUCAAACUAAGUUGCAGUAAAUUGGCUGCUCAGUUCCAGAGCAUGGAAGUUCGAAACAGUAAUUUUGCUGCUUUCAUUGAUAUGUUCACUUCCAAUACUUAUGUGAUGGUCAUCAUGUCUGACCCUGCAAUACCUUCUGAAGCAACCCUCAUCAACAUCCGGAAUGCAAGGAAGCACUUUGAAAAGUUGGAACGUGUUAGUCAAGCACAAAGUACACUUGCAAAGUAAAAUUUUCAGAAGAAAUUAAUUACUGAAUAAGCUAUAUAAUAUAUACUUAUAUGUGGUAAAGCCCUUUUGAAAAUAUUUGUGGAACCUGUUAGAACAUAAGAAGACCUUUUAGGAGAAUAAAAUGAGAACAUGUUUUAAGAGGACCUAUAGACAGUACCUAAAAUAAACAUUUUUUACAGAAACUUCAUUACAUCAAGGAAGCCAAAUAGUUUUUACAUAUAUAUAAGAUAUUGCACAUUAUACUUUGUAUGAAAAUGGCCCAACAUUUUUAAAAUGUCAGACUGUAUAUACAAUCUCCAAGAACCUUCCACAUUGUUAUGUGCAUUUUCAUGCUGUGUUAUGAAAGAACACUAUAUUUUGAUGGGAACAUUGAAGUUAAUUCUCGAGUGAUCCCUCUUGUUACAAUUUCUUCAUAAUACCUGCCCUUAAACUGCAUCCCUUAUGAAAUUACACUAUUCUGUCUAAUCCAAAGAUAAGGUAUGGACCUGUUUUUUCAUCUCAGUUCCCAAAUUCAUGAAACAGAAUGCAGUGGAUUGUGAUGGUAUGAAGAUGGGUUUUGAUGAGGGCCAAUGGUAUGAUUGGGAGUCUGAUGUGCCACUCUGCUGGACCACAGUAUGACUGUUAUAAAUUUACAAAAUUACAUUUCUUCUGGAACUUUUUCUAUGGUAUGCACAUGCAAGUGCCACUAACAAAAUUUAUUAGCAUGUUUGAUGUGACCUGAUUUGUAAUCUAAACAUCACUGUAAUUUAUGCAUGUAUAAGUUUCAUGUUCCAUUCCUAUUCUGAUUAUGUUUGCUCAUAGACUGGUAUUAUUAUAGUAUGAGUUAAACAGCCAACUGUAUGAUAAGCACAGUGAGCUCUUGUGCUAAAAAAGUUAUAUGUUAUUAAUUUAAUACUGAUUAGAGAGCUGAAAAGAUGAGCAAGAAAUUCUGUAAACCUGUGUAUUAAGAUGAAUUUUCCAAAUUGCAAAUAAAUGAGAUGUGUUUGUAUCAUAGA